AUGCGACGUCCCGGAUGUCGCCGGUGCACUUCCGCCGGACAAAGCUGCCCCGGAUAUCCGCAAGCCUCUCCCCACUCCUACCCAGAAAUUAAGAUACACAGUGUUCUAUUCAAAGAACCCGGCAGUCGCGCAGACCGUGAACUACUCUAUUUUUACCGUUGCGAAGCAGCCGAUUCCUUACCUCGACUCUCAGAUUCUGUGCUAUGGACGAAUCUUAUCCUGCAGAGAAAUUAA